AUGGGCAAUCUAGGUGACUUGUCGCCGGAAGGAAGUGUUGCGGUCGGUGUAAUCGUUGGGCUGAUCUCAACCAGUCUUCAAGCCAUCGGGCUGACGCUCCAGCGCAAGUCGCAUUUGCUCGAAGAUGAAAAGCAUCCCUACGAUGUGCGCAGACCCCCUUACAAGCGCCGACGAUGGCAGCUAGGAAUGGGAAUGUUUGUGAUUUCGAAUAUAGUGGGAAGCACCAUCCAGAUCACUACACUUCCACUACCGGUCCUCUCAACGCUCCAAGCUUCCGGACUAGUGUUCAAUACGAUAUUCGCAACCCUCAUCCUCGGUGAACCGUUUACCCGAUAUUCCCUUGCGGGUACCGUCCUUGUUUGUAUCGGCGCGCUGCUGAUUGCGACAUUCGGCGCCAUUGGGGAACCUGCACAUACCCUAGACCAACUCCUAGACCUCCUCCAGCGAAAACCUUUCAUUCUAUGGAUGAGUGCCACAACCUCGUUGGUUGUUGUGAUACUUGUAGCCAUCAAAGUGCUCAAAUACUUCUUGCCAUCGUCCCGCGCGAAACCUUCAGCCUCGGGUCAUUUCGCUCCACAUCUGCUGCGCUUGCAAAGCCGAAUGAAAUUGAUCCGGGGCAUGAGCUAUGGAUUUGUCAGUGGUAUAUUGUCGGCUCAUUCGCUUUUGCUGGCAAAGUCGGCAGUGGAACUCCUCGUGCGUACGGUGGUAGACGGUGUGAAUCAGUUCAACCGUUGGCAAUCAUGGGCGAUCCUGCUGGGCAUGAUCUUCCUAGCACUUACACAGCUCUUCUAUCUCCAUCGUGGGCUGAAGCUGUGUAGUACGAGCGUGCUAUACCCUUUUGUUUUCUGUAUCUACAACAUCAUCGCCAUCAUGGAUGGCCUGAUCUACUUCCGCCAAGUGUCUCAACUGGCAGGCUUCCACGCAGGUCUGAUCGCUCUAGGAACAAUAGUCCUCCUAGGCGGUGUCUUGUGUCUAUCAUGGCGACUUGAGGAUAUCGAUGCCCAUGCCGCUGUGACCACAGUGGGAUCCACGCAGACUGGACUUGGGCCGGGUAUGGCCGCCGUGGAAGAGCACUCUCCAACAUCGCCUGUGUUCCUGGACGGUCAGGAUGAAGAAUCACUGGUUGGAGAACGUGAGCCGCUUCUCAAUCCGAAAACGAACACCCGGCAUCUUUCAUAUCAGCGAGCAGGAGCCCCAAGCUUACCGCUCAAUUUGCACCUCGAUCGCGAUUCCGUCGAUCUAAAUGCUGCAUCCAUUUGGGCCGAGCUCUAUGACUCAGACUAUAGCUCGGACGAUGGACAUAUGCGGUCCUCGACAGAUCGUCCACGCAGUGGCAGUGGCAGUGGCAGCACAACUCUACACGGCCCAUCACGAGGGUUAGCUCGACAUUCGACAAUCGGUGCUAUCCCACAUGAGCAUGAAAGAGGGUCUCGCCGGCUACUAGGGAAAAUGCGUGGGAACCAAAGGCGUCGCACCACAUCCUCAUCCCAAGGUGGGUUAUCACCAGCCCAUCGUACCCGCCGUGGCGUUAGGGGUCCGUUUGCUCUGUCAUCAAACCAGGCAGUCGGAGGAUACGGGACCAUCCAAGAGGAUGGCGAUGAAGUCCACGAACACGAUGAUACAUUCGCUCCUCAUUCGCCUCGCGCCGAGUCUGGUCUCCUUGCUGGCUCAAGGAAGGCUCUGACGGGUGCAUGGAGGUCUGGAAGACAAUACCUGUCUCGAUGGAGCAGCCCGCAGGCGGGCAGCGAAGCCGAGGUUGCUCCCGAAGACGGAUCUUCCUCGUCUUUACUCCCGCACUCUGGCGUCCAACCUCCCCGGACACGUUAUACACAAGGAAACUCUGGUGCCUCCGACGACCUUCAAUGA